AUGAAGUCGUUCAUCAUUCUCUCAGCGUUAGUAGCUGUCGCAAUAUGUGCUCCAGUUGAUCUUGAAACAGAUGUGGAACUAGCUCAGCUUAUUGCUAGGCGAAGACUGCCCGCACUGGAACACGAAGAGAUUCACGAUGAAUUCGGUCAGUACGCCUUACGCUACGUCACAGCUGAAGGCACUGUAGUCUCUGAACGGGGAAGACUGGUCCCCACCGCGGAUGGAAAGGAUUACGUCCUGGUUAUUGAAGGAGAAGUUUCGUUUAUUGGAGACGAUGGCAAGCUCUACGUCACUAAGUUUUCAGCUGGCAUCGAUGGAGUCAAGAUGGAAGGCGAUCAUCUUCCAAAAGCCCCUGAACCAGAACCAAUAGCAUAA